UGGGCCGCCCCGGGACUAACCGCUUUCGCCACCCUGCAGUGUGAGCGAGCGAACCUGCGAGCCAGCCAGGGAGGGAGAGUGAGCGUGUGUAUCUGUCCCCGGCCGCCCCGAGCCGGGAUGAGCGGCUCCUCUUCAUGGAGACCAGACGGGUGGAGAUUCCCAGCAGCGUCCUGGACGAUCUCUGCAGCCGAUUUAUUUUGCACAUUCCUAGUGAGGAGAGAGACAAUGCUAUCCGACUGUGUUUUCAGAUUGAACUUGCCCAUUGGUUUUACUUGGAUUUCUACUUGCAGAACACACCAAGACUACCUCAGUGUGGGAUAAGAGACUUUGCUAAAGCUGUCUUCAGUCAUUGUCCUUUUCUGCUGCCUCAAGGUGAAGAUGUGCAAAGGGUUUUGGAUGAAUGGAAAGAGUAUAAAAUGGGAGUUCCAACAUACGGGGCAAUAAUUCUUGAUGAAUCACUUGAAAAUGUUCUCCUGGUUCAGGGCUACCUAGCAAAGUCUGGCUGGGGGUUUCCAAAAGGAAAAGUAAAUAAAGAAGAGGCUCCACAUGACUGUGCUGCUAGAGAGGUCUUUGAAGAAACAGGUUUUGAUAUUAAAGACUACAUUUGUAAGGAUGACUACAUUGAACUAAGAAUCAACGACCAGCUGGCCCGUUUGUAUAUCAUUCCAGGAGUUCCAAAGGACACAAAAUUCAACCCCAAAACCAGAAGAGAAAUUCGGAACAUUGAAUGGUUCUCAAUCAAGAAAUUGCCUUGCCACAGAAAUGACAUGACCCCCAAAUCCAAACUUGGUUUGGCCCCUAACAAAUUUUUCAUGACCAUUCCAUUUAUCAGGCCAUUAAGGGACUGGCUUUCUCGACGGUUUGGCGACUCCUCGGAUAGUGACAAUGGGUUUUCUUCAGCUGGUAGCACGCCAGUGAGACCCAGCGUGGAGACGAUGAGUAGGUCUAAACUUCGCUAUAACCAGCAGAUUUUUCUAGAGAGGCCUCCUGCAGAUCAUUGGGUAAAGCACAGGCAACUCCAGCAACAGAAGCCAUAUUACAGUCAUUGUGAGUUGGCUGAACUUUUUAAAAUAAAGAAUCAAAACUUGAAGGGGAAUGGCAGAAAGCAAUAUCAAGACUGUAGUAACCAGAAAAGGAGAACAAAUGGGAUCCAGAGUCAGCUGCCCAAGCAACAGCACCAGACAUUGAAAUGUGAAAAAAAACUUAAUCCAAGAAAACUUCAGCAUCAUUUUGAAUCUGCAGGUGCAGUGUAUGACUUGUCCUGCUCCAGUGAAGAACAGCUGUUCAAGCCUGCUGAGGGACCUACUCUGGCAUGUAACGGCCAUUGCAAGUUCACAUUCUCCUCAAGAGCUUUUCUGAGCUUCAAGUUUGACCACAAUGCCAUAAUGAAGAACUUUGACCUUUGAUAGCUAAGGUGUUGUGGGAUCCUGAGGAUCAAAGACCUGUUGCAGCGGAGUGGAGGUCUAAUCAAGCCUUACCUUUCUCAGGUGUUCUCAAUGCAAUGCAGGGAUGCAGCAAUGGUUCCGGAGAGGCCGGUCUCUUGGCAGGAGAAGAGUGGCCCAGAAAGAUGGGUUUGCACUAUAAAUGCAGUAUCGCCUUUAUACACAGACUUCCCGUCUCAGUGUUUGACUUGCCAGUUCAGUUGGGUUUUUGAGGGCAUUCUUUCCAGGCUGAAUUUUGUGUUCUCGGUUUAGCAUUUUUAUCAUUGUUGGAUAAGUUUUCUGUGUCGACAGGUUGUAAAGGUGGUGGAAAUAGUCCACUCUUUUUCAGUAAAUGCAAUAACAGUAUAUUUGUGAAUGGGAUGCAUAAAAGGACUUUAUGGACUCUGGGACACUUUUGCACUCAUAUUCAAAGAUCAUUCAUGACUUGGGUAAAGGGCAGGGAUUGCUGACCGACUGCUCUGGGGACAUAGCUGGCAUUUCUGUGUCUCCGUUAGUUUGGGCUCUUCAUCAUUAUCAAUGGGACUGAGCACCUCCUGUGUGCAGAGCACUGAACUGAGCGCCUGCGCGGGCACAGUACAGCAGAAUCGGUAUUCACCGUCUCUGCCCACAAUGAGCCUCUUCCCUUCUCUGCUCAGGGCCUGAUUGAGAGGUGGGCUUUUACCCGAAGUGUGGUCUGGGAUGGGCAUGUCUCAUUGCUCUCCUUUGAACUCAUGUGAGAUUGUCUUACAGCAGAGAGGAUGGGAUGCAGACCUCCUGCCAGCUUCCCUUUCACAUCACUGCAGGCAGUCUUUAAUCUGGAGAGGGAAUGGAUUCCCUUUGUGGGGGAUAGCCAAAGAUGGAAUUUUGGGUUCAAUUUUGGGUUCUACUGUUGGGCAGUCUCUGAAGGGAAGGAGGGGAGAGCAGGAGGCUAGAAGCAGGCACCCAGGUGCUAUUCUGGCCAUGCCCUCACUAUCCUGAUUCUUAAACUUUCACCCUAGGAUUGUACAAAUGGUCUUGCCCUGGCUGAGAUUUCUGCUGCGGUAGAGUUAUAUAUGGAUGUGUCUAAAAAGCUAACAUGUUGAACUUGUAUCCUCGCCUUGCUUCCCAAUAUUGGGGCGUGGAAGUUGAAGGUGAACGAGACUUCAGUUUGCUGUCGCAGGAGGGGUGUGACGAAUUACAAAAUGUGACACGUCACAGUCCUUGGAUGAUGGACCAUUGCUCGAUUUCAGCACCUUGUGUUGGGGUGGGUGGAAAAUGUGAAACUGGAUCAGAAUUUCCGUCUACUCUUUAAGAAAUGUACCUCAUGUCUUCACGAUUCUGGAAACAAAUCUAGGUAAGGGCUACAGUCCCCCAGUUUAGUAUCUAGGGCGAUCUAAAGGUUGAAGUUGCUUCGGAAUGAGACAUUUUAAUGAUUGAUUUUGUUGGGUGGGUUUGAGUUUUGUGGUGUGCUUGCAUUUCAACUUUUUUACGUGUUGCAGCCACAAAAUCCAUCCUUGUUCCGAAGUCCCAGCUUCUCUCCACAGUGAUCUAUGUACGAAAGCAAGCCCGGCUUAACUUAAUAGGACUUUAGGUAGGCUCUUUGGAACACACUUUCCCCUGCACUCGUCUUUGUUAGCCUUCAAAUGGGGAAAAUUUUAGGGAAGUUAUGUUUAUUUAGGAAAGUCACUCCCCCCUUUUCAGUGCUGGCCAGGGCUAGUUUAUAUUGACAGCUUAUUACCUAGAGCCCUGCAUCAGUCAGUUCCUGGGGCAGACCUUGGGAGCCCUUUAACCCUUUUUUUCUUUCCUUUUUUAAAUACUAAAGAGAGAGUCUUUCUCUCUGCCUUUGUUCUAAGAACUGUUGUCCCCUUGCUUGGGUCUUCACAAGCCAUAAUGUACCGUCGGUCCCAGCAUUCCGGGCUAUGUUUUUAAAGUGUAAAAUGAUGUCUGGCAGAUCAUCAUUUUCCUGGCUGGCAGAUCAUUUUCAUCGGGACCUCAUUUUAGGUUUUAAGCAUUUUUAUGCCAGCAGUUGCGACUCACAGGUCUAAAGAAGUGUCAAGCAGAGCAGCCCGGCAGCCAGCCACCAGUGAGAUUCUGUGCAGGUAAAGAUAGCUCCCCUCUUGUGGGGGCUUGAUUCUGGGGUGAGCUUCAGAAAUGAAAUGUUCUCUUUUCCAGUUGAGUAUAUUGUUGUUGUGCUGCUUUGCUUAAUGCACCAUGAAACAGUAAGGGGAAUGUUGAAAUAGAUUUGUUACUCUUUGACUUUUACCUCUCUAGGCAAUUCGGGAUUGAAAACUUGCAAACCAUAAAAAUGUGAGAUGAUGCCUGUCGGAAGCAAAAUAACUAUGCAGAAUAUAUGCGAGUGGGGUGUGCACGUUGUAUGCCACUGAACUUUCUUGAGCACACUCCCCGUGUAUUAUCAGUUUCUCAGUGUUCAGGGUAUGGUAAAGGCAGCACUUACCACAGAAGUUGAAUUCCUCUCCUGGAGUCAUCCAGCAUGUUCUGAGUAAAUCCAGUGAGCUACUAAUGUGUGCUAAAUAUGCAAUAAUAUCCUUCUUGUAGAGUGUGAUGCAUUUCAGGACAUUAAAAUGUUGUGGUGUUA